UGGCAGUGAUAUUCAGUAAGCCUGAAAUAAGGAGGAUUUGCAUCCAGAUCCCGGCUCAGGGACAUCCUCGCUGGGUGAUCUUAGGUAAGUCAUUUCCCUCAAAAAAUCCUUCUUUCUAAAAUGGGGGUGGAGGGGAGGAGAGGACAGCAUGGAUUAGCUCAGCUCUAAUGACCUUCUAGCUCUCCCUCCUGUGAUCUCAGCUGUGUAACUCGGGCAUGUCACUCUCCCCACCCGAGACUUUCUUCUGUAAGAACAGGAGGCAGCUAGGUGGCAGAGUGGAUAGAGCCCCAGCCCCGAAGUCAGGAGGACUUGAGUUCAAAUCUGGCAUUUAACACUUUCUGGCUGUGUGACCUUGGGCAAGUCACUUAACCCCCCUUGCCUCAGAGGGGAAAAAAGAAUAGGGAUAAUAGUAUUCCUCUUGUAAAAAUGUGAUCUGUUGUCAUUUGAGGCAAUCGGGAACGAGCUCCUGAGUGUCUGAGGCUGGAUUUGAACUCCUGGCCUCUUGAUGCCAAGAGCACUGCUCUAGCUGCCCCUUGAUUUGUUGUUAAUAUCUUUCUAGAAGCCUUGAAUGAGAGGGCUCUGGGUUCGAAUCCCAACCCUGCUGUUGAGUACAAACCGUUUCCAUUCUCAGAGUUUGCUUCUAGAAAGUGUGUGUGGGGGGUUAUUCUCCAGGGCCUCUGCCAGUCCUGUGUACCAUGUUCCUACAAGAAGCUCUCCAGGGAGCACGAGCAGCUGACUGGGAAACGGCCCCAGAGGGCCCCAGACCUGCUCCCAAACGUGGCAGGGCCCAGAGGCCCGGAGCCCCCCGAGCCGGGGCGGCCUGCUGCGUGGCCCAAGGAAGGGGCUUGAGUGGCCAGGCUGAGACUGCAGGUUACAAGCCUCCCCCCUCGCCCGCUCUGAACCUCUUCCGGCCGGGCCGGGGAGGCUCCCUGGAGGAGGCCGCCAGGGGAUGUUUGGGGAUUUCUCCACAUCAGUGUCUCCCUGGUUACCGAGUCACGCUCCUUGUGAAAAUCCCGGCAGCGAGGACGGGAAAAGAAGGCUGUGUGUGUGUCAGGCAGAAUGUAGAGUUCUGCCCCCCUAGGGGGGACCCUUGUGGACACCCCAGUACAGCAAAGGGGUGAGGCUUGCACACAGGUCGCUGGAAUACCCAGAAUGCUUUAAUGAAUGCGUCAGAGAGCCACAGAGCAGGGGAUUGCGUAACAUCCAAGGGAGAACCAUGUCAUUAAUCUGGAGCCAAGCAAGAAACACUGAUAAUAAUGAUGACAAGGGGAGUAAUAACAGCUAAUGUCGAUUUACAGAUUACAGAUAUAUCUUCUUUAAUGCUCACAACAACCCUAAGAGGCAAGUGCUGUGAUUAUCCCCAUUUUACAGAUGAGGAAACUGAGGCAGCCAGGUUAAGUCAAUCAGUAAACAUUUUAAACGCCUCCUACCAGGCACUGUGCUAAGUUCUAGGGAUAAAAAGAGUCAAAAGACAAUCCUUGCCCUUAAAAAGCUAAUGGGAAAGACAACAUGUCAACAAAGAUCCAAAGCCAACUAUAUACAGGACAAGUAGAAGAUGAUUAACAGGGGGAAGGCACUAGAUUUUUAAUAAUCUUUUAGUUUCUUCAUUUCCACAUAAAGACAAUUUUAAAAAUCCUUUUGUUUUUUAUUUCAUCCAUUUUUUUCUUUCCCUAUGUCACCUUCUUCCUCUCUGAGACAAUAAGCAACCUGAGACAGGUUAUACGUGUUCUGAAGCGGAUUAGUUAUGUUGCGAAAGAAGACACGGACACAAAGGGAAAAAAAAACUACACACAAAAAAGAUGGGAAGUCAGGGGCAGCCGGUUGGUGCAGUGGUCUGCUUCGCUCUGCACUCAGAUCCCAUCAGCCAUUUCACUGGAUGUGGCUAGUGCUUUUGAUCAUGGUCCUUUGGAAUUGUCUUGGAUCAUUGCAUUGCUGAGAAUAGCUCAGUCAUUCACAGUUGAUCAUUUUUGACAAUGUUACUGUUACCUCGUACAGUGUUCCGGAGUUGUCCAUUUCACUCUGCAUCAGUUUGCAGCGGGUUUUUCUGUCUGGUUGUUGUGCAUUUCACUCUGCAUCAGUUUGCAGCGGGUUUUUCUGUCUGGUUGUUGUGCAUUUCAUUCUGCAUCAGUUUGCAGCGGGUUUUUCUGUCUGGUUGUUGUGCAUUUCAUUCUGCAUCAGUUUGCAGCGGGUUUUUCUGUUCCGGUGUUGUGCAUUUCCCUCUGUAUCAUUUUGCAGCGGGUUUUUCUGUCUGGUUGUUGUGCAUUUCAUUCUGCAUCAGUUUGCAGCGGGUUUUUCUGUUCCAGUGUUGUGCAUUUCCCUCUGCAUCAAUUUGCAGCGGAGUUUUUCUGUUCCGGUGCUGCUCAUUUCACUCUGCAUCAGUUUGCAGUGGGUUUUUUUGUUCCGAUGUUGUGCAUUUCCCUCUGCAUCAGUUUGCAGCGGGUUUUUCUGUUCCGGUGCUGCUCAUUUCACUCUGCAUCAGUUUGCAGCGGGUUUUUCUGUGUCGGGGUUGUGCAUUACACUUUGCAUCAGUUUGCAGCGGGGUUUUUCUCUUCCCGUGUUGUGCAUUUCCCUCUGCAUCAGUUUGCAGCAGAUUUUUCUGUUCCGGUGUUGUGCAUUUCCCUCUGCAUCAUUUUACAGCAGGUUUUUCUGUUCUGGUGCUGCUCAUUUCACUCUGCAUCAGUUUGCAGCGGGUUUUUCUGUUCGGGUGUUGUGCAUUUCACUCUACAUCAGUUUGCAGCUUAGGGUUUUUUUCUGAAAUCUGCCUGCUCAUCUUUUCAUAUAGCACAAUAGUAUCCCAUCACAAUAAUAUAACCCAGCUAGUCCAACCAUUCCCCUAUGGAUGGACAUGGCCUCAAUUUCCAAUUCUCGGAAGGCACUAGAAUUAAGAGGGAUUGGAGAAGGCUUCCAAGAAACAAAUAGAGCAGAUUCUAUCUAGUUGGGACUUAAAAGAAGGCAGGGAGGUCCAUGUUCAAAGUGGAGGACAAGAGAGGAUUCUAGGCCCUUGGGGAUAGCCAGAGAAAAAGCCGGGUUGAGAAAGAACAAGCAUUUUGCUCACGGAACAGCCCGGGGGCAGAUGGAACUGAAUCAAAGAGGAUAUGUCAGGGAGUAAGAUGUAAAAGGACUAGAAAGGUAGAUUAGGUGCCGUGUCCAGACAUCCACAUGAGCAGAGGCUGCCCAGGGGCACACAUCAGGGCAGCGUCAGAAGCAUCAGCGUCCAGCUCAUUGGACAACCAACCCUAUGGUUUGUCCUCACUCAGGAACCC